ACCGGAAGCGGCCUACGGUUUCGUUUUUACGUAGCUAGGUAGGACGUGGUGUAUAUAAAGUAAGGUAGCCUUUGUGUGGUUAGAUGAAGGACGCGUGUUCUAAUCUUAACAAGCUGAUUUUUUCCAACAGAAUUUAUUCAAGUGUUAAUUAACGAAUAUCUUACCCUAAGAGAAACGAACAUAAGGGAAGUAACCUAGAGAAAGAAAAAGGGAAGCUAAUCAAUACGUUGAGACAUACCAGUUUACAUUCACAAUGUGUCAGAAUGCUCAGAGUAAAGCGCAGGCCAGUAAGAACAUGAGUAUUGGCGAGAACAGCAAAGCAAUGGCGAAACGUCCGGGCAAACGACCGGGCAGGAAACCUUCGAAAAUUGACGAGCGCGCCAAACUGGAGCGCAGCCGCCAGAGUGCCAGGGAGUGUCGGGCGAGGAAGAAGCUGCGGUACCAAUACCUGGAGGAACUGGUACUGAACAGGGAGAAGGCUGUGUUCGCCCUCAGAGACGAGCUCGAGACUUGUAAACAAUGGUGUGCGUUGAUAGACAGCGGCGGGCCGGUGCCAGAAAGUCUCCUGAAAGCGAUCAUCGACGAAACAUCAUCACAGAACCAGCGGGAAGGAAAUCAAACCAGGAGGCACGAUUAUCCCCAUUCAGGGAGGUUUUCAUCGCCGAAUUCAUCCUCCUCGUCGUCAUCGUCUCCGCCGAUGAUGUUGCACCGGGAGUCGUACCACAGCCACGCGGGGAGCUCAUCCUACCAACAACAUCUUCCAAAGCUGUCGCCGCCCCUGCAGCAGCAACUUCCUGCUCAGCGCGUCACGACACACCAAGACAAUCAGCUCACGCAACUACCCGCACGACACGUUUUAAGCGGACCCCCAACACUCCAACGACAAAUGGCUUUCGAUUUUUCAAACUCACCUAUCCAGAACUCACCAGAUUCAAGAACCAUCACUCAGCCAGCAUCAACUAAGCCACUGAUGGUUCAGCUCUCGGCAAGACCCGAAACCUCCACCAGGCUUGAGGACAUCCUAGAAAUCCUCCCCUCCGUGUUAUCACCACGCCCUACAACAACCUCCCAUCCACUGUCUCAACGAGUCAGAAGCGAACCUCCAUUUGUAUACAACAACCCGAAUAUUCUUCCUAGCUACAAAGACAUUGAAACUUCCGAGUUUCAUCCUCAACACCAAAGAUCUCAAUCAUUUAGUAUCCCGUUAACCCUAGCAUCAGAGCUAGCACAACUGAAUCCUACCACGACUAACAUUGCAUCAUAUCCUAGGACUUCACAAAACUAUCCAUAUCAAAGUGAACUCGGACUUUUUAGUGGAAAAACUGUGAGUAGUGAAAUACCCACCACCAUCACCAUCGAGGACAGCAGCUCAUCUGAUGAAAACAUCAACGAGCAGCAUCUCUUCCUCUCUCAGAAAAGGCCGGCCACUCAGCCUGUAUUCCGGGAAAACCCCAAACGUUUUAUCCCAGCUUCCGUGCCGGAUAUGACGUCAUCGCCGUUUUCCAUGUACGACCCCCAAACGACGUUAAACAACUUGACCACCGUCCACUGCUACAGCUCCACGAGGACGUCGAACUCCCCAUCUCCUUACAGCAUGUCCCCGUCCAGCGGGACUUCACCCACACCAAACAUGAGGUUCACCGGGAAGGCAACACCAACAUCUUCUUCUCGAUCCUCACCAGAUCCUCUAUCGUCAGCCUCAUCCAUCCCGAACUUCCUGCUCUCGUCCAUCCCCACCUGCACGAGCUCUGUCCCCAGCUCCAGCAGCCAGACACUAGCCCAGUGCUCCUCUACCGGCCUCACAGCCUCCAUAGCAGAGCCCAUCCCUGAAUGGUACUCCUUCCUGGCAGAUCUCCAGGACAGCGGGCUGGCCAUGACCUCCCGUCAUGGAGCGUCCUCCAGCCACAGCACACCUUUGGCCAUGACACCCAGGCCAAAUGACCAGCCGCUGACCCCUGACCCUUCCUUGAUGAAUGUCCCUAACAUCAUUGAUGAGUUUUUGUCUCCAGAAGAUCAAAAUUUGUGAUGAGAACAAAGCUAGGUUGAUCAUUUUGUUUAAACGUUAAACAUUGUUAGUUAGAUUCUUUUACUUCUUAAAUACACAAUGUGAAUUCAGUGAUUGUGAUUUUAAUUUAUUCAAGUAAAUUUGAUACUUUUUUUGUACGACACUAAUGUUAUUUGUUGACUGUAUUUUCAUUGUAUGAUUUCAUGUCACAUUGUUGUUAUAUCAAAAUGUUGCAAUACUGUUUAUAUUUCAUCAAAGGAACAUUACCUUUUCUGGGACUUGAAACUUUGGACUGAAAUUAAUCAAUUAAUAGUGUUAAAAGGUCUGAAUUUGACAAAAAAAUGGCAACGAAAAAUUGUGUGAUUUAUUUACAUUUUAAAGCUUUACUCCAUUGCUGUUAAUUGAUAUAUCCAUGUUUAGACAAUUCCAAGAUUAAUAGUAACAGUUCACCCAGAUUUUUAUGCUCAGCAGCAUUUACAACCUUAAAAAUAUUGGAGGUAAUCUCACGUAUUAAUGUUAUAUUUGUUAUUUUAUUUUUGUAAAUAUAAUUUUUUGUGUUAAUAUUAUUUUUCUUCAACACUAGAGGGUAACACAAUAUGACAAUCAAAUCCAUGCAAUUUUUUUUUAAUUAAACAAACCAAAACUCAAUGGCUCAAUGUAUUGAAAUAGACUGAAACACCUGUUUUUAAAAUGGCAUUUUACAUGUGAGGAAUAGUGUGGAGUGCUGUUUGAAAUUUAUUUUGUUAAAUUAUGUGCAAAAUCACUUGGACAAAAUGGCAAACUUAUUUGAAUAUGAUGUUAAUUUAUUAUUCUUAACCUCUUAUUGACAGAAUUUUGUAACUGUUGUUCAUUUAAAAAGGUAAAUAUCUUUAUGAAUUGUUAAUACAUUAUACAUGAUGGGAAAAUUGCUAAUUAUUUUAAGUACAAAAAAAAAUUACUGUGUGUAUGUUUGUAUGUUAGUCUGAUAGUGUUGAACAUAUGAGAAUUGCACAUUCCAUCGUUUUGAAAAUUUUCCUUUAAAAAAUGUGUAACUGAACUGCUGUUUAAUGAGUUCAUACCUGAACAAAUUUUCAUUUAGAUCACAAUAUCUAUUUCAGAGAAAACUUAACUUUUCAUUUUGGAUCACAGUCUUCAUUUAAAACUUUAUUAAUUUUUCAAUUUUGAUCACUUAUCUUGAUAUUUUAUUCAUGAAAAUAAAUAAAUAAAUUAAAUAAAUUCAAUUUUGUUCUAAUUUGAUUGGUUUGAUCUCUAUUUUUUUUUUCUAAAAUUUAUUUUUCAUACCUUUAAGGUUUUAAUGUUUAAGUAUGUUGUUCUGGUUGUCCUUUGUACACAUUAGAUUAUCCAUUGUUUAAAUCCCACAUUUAAACUUGGUACUUAGUGUUUAUCAAAUACACUUUGUUUCUGUUACAUCCAGUAGGAAUACAAUGUAAUUAAAUGUUACUAUCCUGUUACAUAGUAAAAGUUUGAAAGGGUUAUAAGCUAGAUUUGAGAUUUAUAUCAGGUUAUUUAUCUUUAAAUAAUUCUAAACUGUUCAUGACUGUUGUUUAUUGUUACCGAAUUAAAAGUUUGAAAGGGUUAUAAGCUAGAUUUGAAAUUGUAUCAGGUUAUUUAUCUUUAAAUAAUUCUAAACUAUUCAUGACUGUUGUUUAUUGUUUUUUUAAUGUUUAGGCUAUGAAAAAUUUCAAAGGGUAUUUUGUAAUUAGAUAUAAGAUUUGUAUCAGGUAAAUUAUUUUUUACUGUUAAUGUUGUUUUUAUUUUAUUUAUUAUUUUUUUGCUGAAACAUGUUACAAAAUUGCUGUUCAACCAAUGAUGUUCUCAAUGCAAAACUGUUCCAGUAUUUACUUAUUUUGCUGAAUUCUUAAAAAUGGCAAUCAUGUUUUUUGUUCAAUGUUUAUUAUAAAUUUUUAAACCUCAUUUUAAGAAACAAAUCUUCAAGUCUAUGUUAGUUGUAUAAUUGAUUAUAAUGCAAUCUUUAAAAAAGUUCACUUAUUUUUAUAACUGACUGUAGAAACUAAUUUAUCCUGUUUCUUUAAUCUGUGAUGUUUUCUAAUUUUAUUUUGUUUCACUCACUUCUUGCAGCAUCAAUUUACAAAAAUCUCAAUCUAGCUUUUUGAGCUGUCACCUAUUAUUCCCUUUUAUUUCUUUAAAUUCCUACCUGUUACUAAUAUACUCACAGCCAAAGCACCAGUAGUUUACAUUACCAAACUGGUUACAUAAUUGCUUGGACUGCUUCAAAUUUUUUUUAACACACCACUUUCUUGUUGAAAAUUGUUUUAAAAAAUGACAUAACUCUUAAAUAAUCCCCUGGUGCUUUUUCUAAAUGUAUACAAUAUUGUAUACAUUAUGGUCAUAUUUUAUACCUUUUGGAUUUUAUUACACCAAAUUGUAUAAUAUUACAUACACUCACCUUAUAUAAAAGUAUUCAUUUUAUUUUUGCUAAUAAACAUUUUGUAUUAUAUACAUUCAUUUUCUCAUCUUAAUUUAUUCUCAUUACAUAUUCUGGGUGAUCUCUAAACGAUGUUGUUACUAUUAAUAAUUUCCACACUAAAUACUCUCAGUGCAAGGGUUUUUCCUUGGGUUCUUCAAAUUUUUCAAGAGUUUUUUUUUUUUAAUUUGUUGACCCUUGUUAUUUGUUAAAACUAAUUAGACAUGUUGGAUAACUAGUAAAACAAAGAUU